UUUGGAAACCAUUUUGGUUCGCUAACUUUUAUUUUUCCUUCUUUUUCUUUUGUCAUUUUCUCAAGAAACAUGGAGAGAAACGGCCAGUAAAUGUAGACAAGGCAAGCGGAGGACCAGAGGAACACUUUGGUUCAAGCUUUUGCUUGAUUUCGCCAGGGAACUUUUUAGCAACUAGGGGAUAUAAUCAUGAAGCUUCACAAUGGUUUGGACAUUCAGCAUCUCAUGAAGAUGCUGAAGGACACACUGAAAAAAGAACAGGAGCAAUGGAAACCAGUACAUUAUAAAUCAAACACUGGUGCUACAGAGACCGGUGGUAUACAUCGUGAUGAAGUUGUUUAUUGGUUAGUGUGUUUGAACAGGCGUUUCCAUUUUACACCCGAGACAGUGGCCCUAGGUGUGGCCUUAACAGACCGCUUCCUGUCUCUUGUCAAGGUUCGUCCAAAGUACAUUCAGUGUGUGGCAAUAAGUUGUUUUUAUAUUGCUGCCAAAACAUUGGAAGAAGAUGAGGUAAUACCAAGUGCAGUGGAUCUUGUGAAGACGAGUCAAUGUGGUUGUGCAGUAUCGGAUAUUCUACGUAUGGAAAUGAUCAUACUGAGCAAGCUACAAUGGAGCGUUAAAACUGUCACACAGAUUGACUUCCUCCAUAUUAUCCACUCUCUCUUGAUGUGUUACUACCCCCAGUUGCUAGAAGGCGUGGUGAAUAUGACACCAUCACGACACUUGUCUAUUCUGUCUCGAAAUGUAUUCAACUGUCUGUGUAACCAUAAGAUGGUUGGGUUUCGGCCGAUUACACUGACGCUGGCCAUAAUCAGCUUAGAACUAGAGCAGAUUACGCAGGCUUGGCUCUCCAUUAUCAGCACGGUACAGAAGAUGGCGGACGUGGAGAUAGAUUCGCUAAUCCGUUGUCGAGAAAUUGCUGCUCAAAUCCUGAAAGACAAGAACAUGUUACCUACGGGCUAUCAGUUUAAAACUAAUCAAGUUGCAUCCUGUGGAGCCCUCGCAAGGUCAAGGUCGUUUAAGAGAAAGGCUGACCUUGUUGAUCUGGAGGAAGAUGUUUAUGAUGGAAUCAAGCGUCUGUAUAACGAUGAUCCGGGCAGCCCUGAGAUGGGACUAGACGGUGAAGUGUCGGUGUUUGCAAAAGCUAAUCCAGUCCGUGCCAAUUAAUUCAUGACUUUUCAUCAGUGUAAAUGGUUUCGCCAACAUUUUUCAUUAACACGCAGCUAAAAUGUGUAAAAAUAUGUGAGAAGCUGUGUAAUUCAUCAACAACCAAGUGUAAGAUUGGAACUGACCAAUAUGUUGUUAUAGUUAUUUGUCAUUCCAUAUAUGGAGGGGUAUGCAAUUACUUUGAAAAUGAGAAUGUUAGGAAGUUUUUGUAAACACCAGGUAUGCCUGAAUGUUAAAAUUGGAGAAAUGAUAUUUCGCAAAGCGCAAAAAGAAUAAGAAAUGAUGUACAAAAAAUCAUGAUUUUUUAUGCUGUUUGUAAUUCUUUGGCUUCUUUUCUGUUUUUUGGGUUCCAUUUUUUUUGUUGACUGUUAUAUAGACUGUGAUAGUAUUUUAUAGAGUUUGUUUUUUAAUAUAUUAACUUUUGUUAGGAAUGGCAAUAACGUUAAGUAUUUUACUGUUGAUUAUUUUGUUUGUCCUUUUACGCAGAACUUUUCUUUCUUCUAUUGUCUUACUUAGUUUCUUUUAUUUCUUUAUGAAACAGAAGAGAAGCCAUUGUGAUUUUAGAUAAAAAGCCAAAGUUGUUUAAUUCUUGCAAAGAUAGGAAUGGUUCUCUGCAAUUUUUUUCAGAUAUUUUGUUGUUAGAAAUUAAGGAUUUGAGUAUUGAAUUGCUGUUUUUAAGUAUUUUAAAGUCAUUUUACAGCACGAUGAAAAAUGGAAUUGGGAGGGUGCAGUGGCAUGGAAUCCAAGUAUCUUACUUUAAUCUUUUUUAUAAAAAAAAAAUAAGUGGGUGCCUUAUAUGAUUAUAUAUUCAUUUGAAAGGACUAUGAAAUAAUAAUACAAAUUUUCAAUCAUUUAGUUGCAGAGUACCAUGAAACACUGCUCAAAUAUAGUUUAAAGUAUUCAAAUAGGGACUGAAAUAAAUUGUUUUAUGAAUGAUUAAGGCAGCAGUAGAAUAAGCUUCCAUUAUAUGGUUUGAUUCAGUGUUGUAUUCGUUGAGAACAAGUAUGAUUUGAUAUUAAUUAUGUAAACAGAAGUGUUGAAGGGGCGGGACUGAUAGCUUUAUUUUUAGGGAUUUACUGGUUUCCAGGGUUGGAAACUGAAAAAUAUUCAUUUUUUGGUACAAUUUCAAAAAAAAAAAUUAAAAAAUUAUGCCACCAUUUUGUUGUAUUUGGUAGAUUGUAACCUUAAUGUUAUAUUUAAAAUUUGGAAUUAGGCACCGUGUUUUAAAAACAGGAAAAAAAUGAUCUCCACAAAAAUAUAAAAUAUUCCAAGAAACAAGGGGCUUAAUUCCAAAGAAAAAAAGAUAAUAAAAAGGAAAAUUUUGAAAAAAAAA